AUGGAGACAGCAAAGGUUGUACCAACCGAAAGGGAGCUCAAGCACCUUGAAUCAGGCAAUACUAACAUCAUCGACCUCAUCCGGCAAGCGCAGGCGGCCGAUGCUGCCGAUCGUCAGCUAACACUAUGGGCUGCUAUCAAGAAGUACAAGAAAGCCGUGGCUUGGAGUUGCCUACUCUCUACGGCCUUGGUCAUGGAAGGAUAUGAUGUUGUCAUUAUCAACGGUUUUUUUGGCCAGUCCCAAUUCAAAGAAAAGUUCGGCGUUGUCGGUGCGGAUGGCGAGAAGUCCAUCACUCCGCCGUGGCAAUCCGGACUUGCGAAUUCUGCUUUGGUUGGACAGUUGUUUGGCCUUGCUCUCAAUACUUGGGCGCAGGAUCGUUUUGGCAGCCGGAAGACUUACAUGAUUUUCAUGGCUUGGUUAUGUGCAGCCAUCUUCAUUGCAGUCUUUGCGCCCAAUCUGUCAGUUUUGGCUUUUGGGGAAGCCAUGUGUGGUAUCUCGUGGGGUGUUUUCCAGACUCUCACUACAACUUACGCUUGUGAAAUUGUUCCGAUCGUCCUGCGCGAAUAUGUUACUGCAUAUGUCUGCCUCUGCUGGGGUAUGGGUAUCCUCCUUUCAGCCGGAGCCCUACGGGCAGUGGAUGGCUUGGAAGGCGAGAUGGGCUGGAGAUUACUUUUCAUUCUGCAAUGGAUUUGGCCUCUUCCUCUCGGUAUUGGUGCCUACUUCGCCCCUGAGUCACCAUGGAAUGCAAUUCGACGAAACAAGCCAGAGAUCGCAAAAGAAGCCCUCGGGAGACUCCGAAGCGACAGUCCAAACAAGGAGGCCGAAGUAGAAGCUACGAUAGCAUACAUUCGGCACACUACCGAAUUAGAGAAGGCCGAGACCGAAGAUGCGAGCCUUUGGGAGUGCUUCAGGGGUGUCAAUCUGCGUCGUACCGAAGUGAAUUGCAUGACAUGGAUGUGCCAGAUCUUGGACGGCAAUCCACUGACCAGUUAUGCGGUCGUCUUCCUUCAAGCCGCGGGGUUCGAUGAAACCCAAUCAUUCAACCUCAACAUGGGAAUCAAUGCCUGCUUCGUGGUUGGCCCGCUGAUAUGCUACACAUUAUUCCCUUUUUUCGGAAGAAGAACCAUCUACAUGUCCGGGCUUGCGGGUAUGCUUCUUACUUUGGUGGUGAUUGGUGGGUUGGGCUUCAACGAUAGCCACAAUGCACAACUAGCCAUUGGCAUCUUGUUGGUCGUCUGUACUUUCGUCAACACGAUUUGCAUGGGGCCGACUUGCUAUCCCAUCGUCGCUGAGACGCCGUCCGGGCGACUCAGAUACAAAACCAUAACCGUCGGAAGGUUUUCAUACAAUGUGGCAGGCGUCAUUCAGAAUUCAAUCACGCCACGCAUGUUGUCUGAUUCAGCCUGGAACUGGGGUGCAAAGGCUGGUCUGUUCUAUGCCGGGACCAAUAUCUUGUGUCUUUUGUGGUGCUUCUUUCGUCUACCGGAGACGAAGGGUCGGUCGUUCGGCGAGAUUGAUUUGCUUUUCGAUAACAAGGUCCCGGCCCGCAAAUUCAAGUACACCAAGGUCGAUCAAUUUGCUCACGGCGUGCAUGAGGCUAAGGUGGAGGAGGCGAAUAACACUUCGGCGACACAUGUGGAGAGGUGA